UCUGAAUUUAAUCCUGCUGACAUGGGGACUAAAUGUCUCUCUGUCGAAAAGUUGUUGUCGUGCAAGUGCACGUUAAACAUUGAUUGCGGAUAAGUUGCCUGGUGAUCUUACCCCUUUUUCUUGAAUGUGUCUUUGUGAUCAUUCGGGCAAUCCAGCGAUGAUGAGUCUCAAAUUUGUGUUAGAGCUUUGACUUUAAACACUGUGGUUCAAUAAGGUGGAGAAUGUGUUCGUAUUGGACAAGCUCUCCAUAAGCCCAUUUGCUCUUCCUUCUUAGCCUGGCCGGUUGGGUUUACAUUCUUCUUCAGCCUUCUCUUUGUUCUUUCGACACUUUCCUUUCCCGCGCUAUGCGAAUCGGGCAUCAUCUUCUUUGAAGAUUCCCUUGGGAGGUUGAGCCAUGAUUUUUAUGCAACUUGAGACUUGCAAGUAGGUAUAUGGAAUGACUAUUACCCUAAAUGCAGUUUGAAUUAUGGACCUUACAUGUAAGGUCAAAGGGAUCUCGCACGGAGAACGCAGAAAUGGAAGAUGAAGUACGGCCCCAAGUUUCUGACAUAGAGAAGAAUUUUGGUUGGCUCGACAAGGAACUUGCUGCUAGUGGUUUUACUAGGAAGGAUCAAGAUGAUAUUGAGAAGUUUAUUGAAGUAGAAAAUGUGGAUACCCCAGUAUCAGAUGAUGAAGGAUAUCAACAAAAGAAUGAACCAGCAACAACAGAUCUUAAGUCCUUGAAAUUGGAUGAGAAGGAAGAAGAUGGUCAAAAUGAAGAGAGUAAAAGUGUGUUGAAGAAUAGUAGAAUUCAUUUUCAUUUACAACUUUGUUGGACCAAUAAAGAAUCAAAUUGUAGCAGGGAUAGAGAAAGUACUCAAAAGAAAAUGUUAAAAACAGGUCCGCCUUUAGAACUUUGGAGGCCC